AUGGCUCCUCUCAAUCCGACCUCCACUGUCGAUGAUCUGGAGUUGACCGAUUCAGAAGCACGUCGCAAUUCAAUCGUCCAUUAUCGAGUAUACAAAAGACGAUUCUUUGGUCUGGUUCAACUUGUUUUGCUCAAUAUCAUUGUGAGCUGGGAUUGGUUGACUUUCUCGGCCGUAUCAUCAACUGCUUCCGAAUAUUUUGAUGUUUCACAAAGCGCCAUCAAUUGGCUCAGUACCGGUUUCCUCUUUGCAUUUGUCGCCGUGACUCCUCUCACUAUCUGGGCUCUCCACAGAGGUCCAAAGACCUCAAUCGUCAUUUCUGCCUUACUGAUAUUCGUUGGCAACUGGAUCCGUUAUGCCGGAACUCGCGCUGGCUCCCAUGGCCACUUUGGUGUUGUGAUUUUUGGUCAAAUCAUCAUUGGGUUUGCACAACCUUUUGUACUGGCAGCUCCGACACGGUAUAGUGAUCUUUGGUUUACCGACAAAGGCCGUGUCACUGCUACGGCUGUAGCUUCCCUGGCCAAUCCUCUUGGUGGUGCACUUGGCCAGCUCAUUGGACCGCUCUGGGCCACACAGCCAGGUGAUAUACCGAAUAUGGUGCUUUACACAGCCGUCAUUUCUUGUGUGGCGUGUCUACCAACUUUCUUUAUCCCUUCGAAGCCACCCACGCCCCCUUCAGAUUCUGGAAAUCUUCUGAAACCAGAUAUUGCGACUUCGAUCAAGUCUCUUGCAUUCAACAAAGCUUUUUUGCUGGUUCUAAUCGCAUUUGGAGUAUAUGUUGGCUUCUUCAAUGCCGUUUCAAGUCUCAUCAACCAGAUUUUCGAGCCAUAUGGAUUCUCGGAGACGGAAGCUGGAAUUGCAGGUGCACUUCUGAUUGUCGUCGGACUCGUGGCAUCUGCUAUUGUUUCACCGCUCGUGGACCGCACGAAACAGUACCUUUUGACGAUACAGUUAUUAGUCCCGCUGAUUGCGAUCGGCUACGUGAUUCUUAUCUUCGCGCCAGCGACACGAACGAUCGCUUUGCCUUAUGUGGUUUGCGCAAUUCUAGGAGCAGCGUCUUUCUCCUUACUGCCAUGUGCACUGGAGUACUUGGUCGAGAUCACACAUCCGGUCAGCCCAGAGAUCAGCAGCACAAUUUGUUGGGUGGGAGGACAGCUUUUUGGAGCCAUAUUCAUCAUCGUCAUGGAUGCCUUGAAAGGCGGGUUUGCUGGUGAGCCGGAUGACACUAUGAAGCGGGCGCUCAUAUUUGAGGCUGUGAUUAGCUGUUUGGCCGCACCUUGCGUGUUCGCCUUGAGCUUCUUGGACAAGGACAGCAUCAAAUUGGGCCGACAUGGUGCUGAGAAUGGCACAGAGCGAGGCUCUUAG